ACGGGAAAACCAAUUGCCUGGCUACCGUUACCUUAGUAAGCGUCUCUGGAUUAUAACCGAAUUCCAAAUUUGAAAUGUUUUUGACCAGGUUUUGAAUCAACCUCGUAAAUAUUACUCACAUUUUGAGUAUUAAUCGCCUGCAAGCAAACAGCUUAUUUUCGCGCUCUUGUGAGGAUCCCUACGUCAGUUAGCAAGUUUUGCUCCUGUUAACAAAAUGGCGGACAAUGAAGACGAAAAUAAUUCUGCGUCCAAAUCUGCUGCAGAACAAAUGGAAAACCUCGACACGAGCGAACCUCUGCAGCAGCCCGAGACGACACAAGCCGAAGGGGAAAACAACCAAGAAGACGCAAGCAAAACGCCGUCCACCGCAGAAGGGGGCGUUGAUCAAGGCCUCGUCGAGUUAAUGCACAGCGAGUCGGAGGUGGAUGUCAGAGUUGUGGAUGGUAACGUAACUCAGGAGGUGAUCGGGCAGAUUGUGAGCGGUGAGGUGAUAACCGAUUCAAAUAUCAUAACGUCUUAUGUUCAGGCCACCGCAGAGGCCGGUUUAACGGCAGAAUGCACCACUGUAAGCGGCGACGUCCUAAACGCUCUUGCACCGACGACCACCAUCAUUUACGUGCAGCCCGACGGCAGCUUCGUGGAAAGCUCGGGCUUAUCGGCUGAGGAGCAGCAGCAAUUAAUCGAGCAAUUAUCGAAACAACAAUUAGUCCAUGUUGCAGGGACUGAGACAGUUGUGAAACCCUCCACUGCCCCUAUCGUGGACGUGCAGCAGGUUAUAGUGAGUAAAGCACAGGUGAUAGCACAGCCAGAGCCAGCUACGACCCAUACAACUACCCCGAAGAUACUGCAGAGGUCUGUCACAGCGCAGCCGACGUCCUACAUUACACUGGAAACCAGUAAUUUGCAGUUGGCGACAGCGGUCCAGCCACAGCCCGUCAGUAUCGUGCAGAACGCGUCGCAGCAGCUGCAGAGCGUCGCCAAACACGUCGCGCUGCAGCAGUCGCAGAAUGGAGCCAACACGACCACACAGAAGGCAGCCGAGCCCAUCCAAAUUCAAGUGCAGGCACCUCUGAAGCAAGACAAUAAACAACGGCAGACAACUCCAAUAACAAUUUUACAGUCGCAGAAUCUGUCAACCGGUCAGCCGCUGGUGAAGGUUUCAACCGUAGGAACAUUAAGCAGCCCACAGAUCAUCCACAUCACCCCUGUGCCUGGACAGCAGCAAUAUUUCUUACAAAACCCAAACGAUCCUCCUAUUCAGCUUCUCCUUCAGAAACCGGCUCCUAUGGUUAGCACCAUUUCUGUCCCAAUUAGCAAGGUACAUGUCCCUGCACCUGCCACAGUCAAGAGUCCAUCAGCCAAGCCAGUUGUUCCUACCCCAAAGAUCCUUGUGCCGUCUCCGAAAGUUUUAUCUCCUCCAGCCAAGAUAACAAUGCCUGCCAAAGUUAUUACUGUGGAAACAAAAACUUCAACUCCAGCUGUUGGAAAGGAUACCCAGAAAGCUAAGAAUCGCCAGAAGAAGCCUCAAAAAAUCCAGACCCGCUCUGGUCGGGUGUCUAGACCACCUAAGCACAAGGUGAAGGACUACAAGUUUAUUAAGAAUGAGGACUUGGCAGAAAGCCACCAAUCAGAUUCAGAUGACUACUCUGAGAUAAGUGUGGAGGAUGAGGAUGGAGAAGAACGCGGGAAGAAGAGCUCAGAUGUAACCCUCAAUCUCCGUGACAAAUCCUUUAAAUGUGAUACCUGUGAUAAAGCGUACAUCGGCGUCGCUGGUUUGAACAGACACUAUAAGCUAAAUCCCACACAUGACAAGAACCCGACGCCACCUCAAGCAGAAGACCUCUCCACAACUAGAGACGAACAACCUUCAGGAACUGAAGUCACUGAUAAUAGUCAUGUGAAAACACUCAGUACUCAAAAAGUUCAAGAAAUUGGCAAGGUAGAACCCAGGAGACCUGGGCGGCCCAGGGGACCAGUACGGCCAGGCCGUCCUAGGAGGCCUGGGCGACCACCUAAGAGAGGACGACCAGGACGGCCACCCAAGUACCCCAGAGGAAUGAGCUUAGAGCAGCAAGCACAAAGACAGAGGAAUCGGCUAAAAGAAUUCAUUAAACAGUACGAUGAUGAAGAUCUCAUGGAGAUUGUUCUUCCACGUCUGGCCAGAGUCAUGACUGUAUGGGAGUUUGUGCUGAUGAAGGUUGAAAAGGGCUACCCAUCAAAGCAACAGUUCCCGAGCGUGUACCAUGAAUUUGAACAACUACACAGCCAAGUGAAGAAGAUGGCCCUGGAAUAUUUGCACACUUCACCAGCCUCUCGGCCAGCUAUAGAGGUCAACAACAUGGGAGUUUUACAAUCUCUGGGUAUAACCGAUCCCAAUGCACUGAAACUCCUGACUUCCUCUGAGGGACAACAAAGUCAAAAGACAAAUCAGUCAGAGCCAAGAGCAAAUCAGGCCACAAAGAGUCUACGGAGUAUUGAGAAUGCCAAAAUGCUGCCUCCUGCAAAAAGGUUUAAAAUAGAAAACUGCAACGAAGAAACCAACGGCUAUCAAGUUAAUCAGAAUGGCAUCCAGAAGGACGAGACCGUUGACGGCUCUGUGAUGCGAAAACCUCAGGUGGUGUUGACCAGACUGGAGAGCUUGACUUCUGUAGAUCUAACCGCUGACGACGCCACACAGAGCGCUGAAAACGCCAGCCCACCGAGGACAGAGGAAGAGCCUAUGGAGACGGAUGUGCCUUCUUCGGAUUCUGAUGCUACAAGAGCCGUAGAAGAUCCAGAGAUCUCCAAGGUCCUGGACAGCAGCGUAGCCGUGGAUAUCGCGGAUCAGAUGAAACAGCUGGAACAGGCUCUGAGCACUGACUCCGAGUUUAAGAACUCGCAAGAACAAGCUCAGCAAGAGGUUCAAGAGGACCAGGUCGACGCUCUCGAAGAUCCCGAGGCCAUUCAGGUGGUGCAGGAAGAAUCUUCUGUUGUUAUCCAGACAGCAGAGGGGCUUGUCAUGCAGAGCGCGGAAGAGUUAGCCGCCAAAGGGAUCGUCAUUGUCAACGGGCCCGAUGGCACAAUGAUGCACAUAGAGGCACCUGAGGGGGUUCCUUUAGAGACUGUUCAUGCCCUGCUGGGCAUUGAAACUGAAAGAAAGACUUAA